CCCCCACUCUAGGCCUUUCGGUUUGCGCGGGAGGGCAGGCCCGCGGCAAGGAGUGUGCGCACUUCACCGGUCGCUGACGGUAGGUGGGAUCGGGCUCCCAUCGGGCCUAGGGUCUGGGCACAGCUCUGCGGCGAAGGGCUACCUGGACCUGCGGGGUGGGUCCUACCCGGGCUCUCUCGCUCACGCUCCCUCUCAGAAGGGACCGGGCAGCCGGGGCUCUGGGCAGGUCUCCGUGAGUGAGUGGGAGGGGCCGCGCGUGCGCAGUCCGCCUCCGGCGGCUCGAUGGGGUUUGCUGGGCUUCCGCCGGGCUCCGUUCUCGGUGGGCUGCACGGUGCGGGAUUGGCUUCGUUACCUCUUGAGGGGUCUAGCGCCGUGUCUCAGGACGGCCGGUGCUGUGGAAGGGGGAAAGCGGAUGGCGAGGUGGAGAGCUGGACGCCAGGUGACCCCCCCCCGGGGAUGGAUGAGCUGGAGCAAGGCCUGUUGAUGCAACCGUGGGCAUGGCUACAGCUUGCUGAGAACUCCCUCUUAGCCAAGGCUUAUAUCACCAAGAAAGGCUAUGCCUUGCUGGUGUCAGAUCUUCAACAGGUGUGGCACGAACAAGUGGACUCUAGUGUGGUCAGCCAGCGAGCCAAGGAGCUGAACAAGCGCCUGACUGCUCCUCCUGCAGCUUUUCUCUGUCAUUUGGAAAAUCUGCUUCGCCCACUGUUGAAAGAUGACGCUCACCCCGGUGAAGCUGCUGCCUUCUCCUGCGAUCGCCUAGCAGAGGCACUGAUUCUGCGGGUGCGGAGUGAGCUCUCGGGUCUUCCCUUCUACUGGCAUUUCCACUGUAUUCAGGCGAGUCCUUCCUUGGUCUCCCAACAUUUGAUUCGUCCUCUGAUGGGCAUGAGUCUGGCCUUGCAGGACCACGUGAGGGAGCUAGCAGCAUUGCUUCGAAUGAAAGACUUAGAGAUCCAGGAGUACCAGGAGAGUGGGGCAACGCUGAGCCGAGGCCGAUUGAAGACUGAGCCAUUUGAAGAAAAUUCUUUCUUGGAACAGUUUAUGGUAGAGAAAUUACCAAAGGCAUGUAGCCUUGGCAAUGGAAAGCCAUUUGUCACGAAUCUGCAGAGUCUGUAUGUAGCAGUCACUAAGCAGGAGGUCCAAGCAGCACAGAAGCUUCAAGAUGCUGUUUCAGGAGAAACUCAAAUCUCAAGCAGCACCUCCCCUCAAGAAACGGAUAGCCAACUUCUGAACCAACCAGAACAGCCAGUCUCCGCAGCUCCCGCCCUCUUGGCACCUGAGCACCAGGCCCUGGGUGCUUCAGACCUUGUUCAGAAACCUCAGCCAUCAAAACUCAAAAGGAAGAAGCCGAGGGGGCUCUUCAGUUAACCUGUCGUGUUCUCAGAUAUUGAGGAUGAACCAAAACAGCUUCUCGGCAUCACGGGGACGGAGCUGUUAAACAGAGUUUCCAUUAGAGGCCCACUGCUGAGCGCUGUUCAUGUCCACAGGCCCGUCUGAAUGGGAAGCUUGACUGCAGCCUUCCCUGUUUGAAUGGAAGCCAGUCCCUGGGACUCUUAUGCCCUCCUCCAUUUUCAGUGGAGGCAAUUCAGACCCCGGAACUUACCUUGAACUUUAAGUAUAUAGAGCAAGUCCACCAGAAGAUACAACACACUAAUAAGGAAGCCUCGUCUACCUUGCCCAGGAAUCCUUAGCCAGUCCCGGAUGCUCCUCAGGAACCCACUUCUCCUUUAGCACAGAAUAAAA